UUUUUUUUUUUUAAUAAUAAUAAAAAAACAGUAAUUUCAUUAAUAAAAAAGCCUCACAUUGUUUUUUUUUCCACGAUGGCUACAGUACACAAAGGACGAGAGUCAUUGACACAAUCAGAAACAGCUAGACUGUCAACAUUUCUUUCGGAAUGUCUACUUGUAGGAACUCUAAAGGGAUUUUACUAUUUUGAAGUAUAUCUGCGUGGACGUGAGGAACUUCUCCUUCAUGUUUAUAACGAUAUCAAACCCCCUUCCAAUGGCUCCAUCACUCAACCCAAUUCUAUGUCUCUUGCAAAAUCAAGGCCAACCAACAUCUUAUCCACAAGGACAUUGCGUUCACUGAAACUCAGCACUCCAAGACCGACCCCACCACCACUCAGCCCAAUUGAUUCCGAGCUCGAGAAGGAUGAGUCGCGUGCAACGUUUCUCAUUGCAGGUUAUCCUCGGUAUAAGUGUCCUUAUGUCUGGCUUCGAUCGGAUCAUAAGCGACUCCUUCAGACAAACAGCGACCAGAAAGUGGAGGCGAACGAUCCAUUGAAACUUACAACAAUCUCAGCAUGGCGCACUGAUGAUGUGAGGCUUUGGGAUAUUAUGGCAGAAAUUAUUGAACUAACAGUGCCACUUUCGCCUAUCAAUCCGUUCCGGAUCAACAUUGCAUACUUUGAUACACUGCCUCUGGAGGAGUGCGUAGUCGCAACAGGAGCCAUGAUGGAAUUUCUGCAGCGGGUGUACAUGAAAGAUACACCGUAUACUGAUGCAGUUUAUGCGGAUAUUAAGCAUUUACAAAAACUGCAUUUUGCUCUAUACGAUGAGCUUCAUUCAUUCCUCACAGAGCGUCAGGCAGCACAAGCUGGCGCAGGCGGUGGCUUUGGAAACGGGCAGGUAGCAGUGGAAGCAGCAAUGAAUUAGAAGAGUAGGAAAGAAAAAAGAAAGGAAAAAUACAGAGUUAAAGGAAUAUUUAUAGAGAGAGAUAGAGAGAGGAAAAACGGAUUAUGUAAAUCAGCUUUUUGUGGUAGAACAUGACAGGGAAUAUCUCC